UCAUAUUUUUAAAAAGAAACUGGUAAAUGGGCGAGGCUUGUGUUGGUCAUCAAAGAAUUUUAUUAUUGAAUAUUUAUUUGUAACGAAUGAUUUCUUAACGAAAAUGAAGAAUGCGUUGCUCUUGUGGGCAGUUACAAGUUUAGUGUAUGGCCAAGUGUUAGAACCAAAUAGCCCGUACAACCAAAACUAUCCGCAACAGCCUUAUUUGCCGGAUAGUUCUCUAAAUGGUUCAGCAUAUCGUCCAAACUCCCAAGUGCCUUACGGUAGUUUUCCGGUAAAUGGAAACGUAAAUGAUUACAGCUCGCCUGUGCAGCCUCAGAGCCAUUUCUACCAGGACAGUUUCAACUCAGACACAUACGGAGAAGGCGAUGACAACGAAAUAGACCCGCAGAACACAGCCAGUUACUAUGCGGGGUUAGACUAUGAAGAGCGUUACCGCUGUCCACCCAACUGGAUCCGGUACCGUGAGUCCUGCUACCGCUUCACCAAGUCCCCAGACCGGCCGCGGAAUGAGGCCAGGAAGAUAUGCCAAGCUUACGAGGCAGACCUGGCUGCGGUCAACAGCCCCGAGGAGCAUGGCUUCAUCAUCACCAGCCUCAUGAGACUAGAUCCUCAGAAAGGUUCCUGGUAUGUCGGCGCCCACCAACAGACGCCCGGCUACUGGUCCAACGAUGCAGAUGGCUCACAACUGUCUGGCUUGGAAAAUGCCUUCUUUGAUGAUAGACAGUUGACUUACCAAAGUUACAAUUUGUUGCCAAGAGAUUAUCUUGUGUACAGAUUUUCCAAGGAAGAUGGUCGAUGGGGCUUGUCUCCAGUGGAGGGAACCCAAUAUUUUCAUUUCAUCUGUGAAGGUUUGAGUCAAAGACUCAGGUACUUGUUUGAAGAACAAAGGUCUUUUACUUAUGGCUUGGACACAUAUGACCCACUUCACAUUCCACGAGGACCAUACUUCAUACAGGAGCCAGUCAACACUGUCUAUGAUCCUGUGAUGUCUACUUUUGUGCACCUCACAUGCAUUGCUGGUGGAUUUCCUUCACCCUCAUACAAUUGGUACAAAGAAGAUUUUGAGCUUGAUAGACCAGUUUUCCAUCGACUUGACCCUUUGAACAACACAAGGUAUGUAAUAAGCGGGGGAACAUUACUGAUCUACAGUCCAGAUGCAGAGAAAGAUAGUACUAAGUACCAUUGUACAGCCACCAACAAGUUUGGGACCAUUCGUUCGGAGUCAGUGCUACUUUCUUUUGGAUACAUCAGGGAGUUCAACCAGAAGAGACCGGUUGAAAGUGGUAACCAGUACUGGGGGAAGGUUAUGUACUGUGACCCACCCUCCUACUACCCGGCGGUUAACUUCCUGUGGGCACGAGGAUAUUUCCCUAAUCUGGUGGAAGAGGACAAGAGAGUGUUUGUGUCGUAUGAUGGAGGUCUGUACUUCUCAGCUUUGGAAGCCAUAGACAGGGGAAACUACAGUUGUAAUGUGAUGAGCAAAGUGUCUGAUGCUGGAAGAAACGGACCAUUCUUUCCUCUUUAUGUCUAUCCUCAUUCAGAUUACCAGCAACUUAAAUUUCCCAACAAUUUUCCCAAAGUUUUCCCUGAGGCUCCUUAUGUGGGCCAAGAAGUCAGAUUGGAGUGUGUCACAUUUGGCUAUCCUGUUCCUUCUUACAACUGGACAAGGAAAAACGAAAACUUGCCAAGAAAAGCACAACUGAGCAACUUCAAUAGAGUCCUCACAAUUCCUCAUGUAGGGGUUGAGGAUGAAGGUGAGUAUAUCUGUGAGGUUCGCAACGACCGGGCUCGCAUUUCUAACAGUGUCUUCUUAAAAGUACAAGCUGAACCCAACUUUACCAUUCCUUUAACUGACAAGCACAUGGACAAUGAUGGUGAGUUACACUGGAACUGUGAGGCAUUUGGUAUUCCCGAUGUCAACUAUACUUGGUGGAAGAAUGGUGUAAAGCUCUCUAUGGAAACACUGGAACCAGAAGACAGGGACCGCUACAUUAUUCAAGAUAACGUUUUGACAAUCAGACAUUUGCAUCACACAAGAGAUCCCGGCAUGUAUCAGUGUGAAGCCAAAAACCAAUUGAAAACUAGUUACUCCUCUGGGCAACUUCGAGUCUUGUCCCUAAAGCCCUCAUUCAAGAAGAGGCCUUUAGAAUCCGAAACAUACGGUUCCGAAGGCGGCAACGUCACCAUAAAAUGCAACCCAGAAGCAGCUCCUAAACCUACUUUUACUUGGAAGAAGGACAACAUCGUAAUCGGCGCUGGCGGCAAAAGGUUCAUUACAGAGAAUGGUAAUUUAAUAAUCAGGCAGAUUUCUCGUGACGACGAGGGCAUCUACACGUGCAUCGCUAAGAACAAGUACGGCACGGACGAGAGCCGCGGGCGGCUGCUGGUGCUGCGCGCGCCGCGGUUCAUCGAGCGCCUGCAGCCGCGCAUGACCGUGCAGGUCACCGAGACCAUCUUCCUGCACUGCAGCGCCGACAUCGACCCGCUGCUCGACAUCGCCUACUUCUGGAAGCACAACGGCCUGCGCAUGAAGGAGGCAGCAGAUCUAUAUGCUGACAGGCGCAUCUACAUGGACGGCGGCGAGCUGACGAUCUACAACGUGAGCCUGGCGGACACGGGCGACUACGAGUGCAUCGUGAAGUCGGCCAUCGGGCGCAUCUCGUCGCACAUGCAGCUGCGCGUGGAGGGCCCGCCCGGCGCGCCCGGCGGCCUGCAGGUGCUCAACAUCCAGCGCGCCGCCGUCACGCUCGAGUGGACCGACAGCGGCUCCAACGGCCGCCCCAUCACCAGCUACAUCGUGUCGGGCCGCACGCAGUGGAACGCCACGUGGACCGUCAUCAACGACAACGUGGUGAACGUGAUGGAGGUGGACCGCUACAACGGGCGCAAGCGCGCGGUCAUCAACAGCCCGCUGCUGCCGUGGUCGGUCUACGAGUUCCGCGUGCAGGCGGUCAACCUGCUCGGCUUCGGCACGCCGUCGGCGCCGAGCCCGCAGUUCUCCACGCUGCCCGACAAGCCGUACACCGCGCCCGACAACAUCGGCGGCGGCGGCGGCAAGAUCGGCGACCUCACCAUCAAGUGGACCCCCCUGCCUCUCUCUCACCAGAAUGGCCCGGGCAUUCAUUACAAGAUCUUCUGGCGGCGCAACGGCACCGAGGUGGAGUUCCAGAGCCUGCUGCUGAACAAGUACGGCAACAUCGGCAUGUACGUGGUGCACAUCGCGCUCGACUACUUCUACACUAAAUACGACGUGAAAGUGCAGGCGUUCAACAGCAUGGGCGCGGGCCCGGAGAGCGCGGUGGCGGCGGUGUACUCGGCCGAGGACAUGCCGCAGGUGGCGCCGCAGCAGGUGUACGCGCGCUCCUACAACUCGACGGCGCUCAACGUCACCUGGAACCCCAUCGACCAGUCGCGCGAGCGGCUACGCGGCAAGCUCAUCGGCCACCGCCUCAAGUACUGGAAGCAGGCCAACAAGGAGGAGGAGUGCAUCUACUACCUGUCGCGCACCACGCGCAACUGGGCGCUCGUGGUGGGGCUGCAGCCCGAUACCUACUACUUUGUCAAGGUGAUGGCGUUCAACUCGGCCGGCGAGGGCCCUGAAAGCGAGCGGUACUUGGAGCGCACAUUCCGCAAAGCGCCGCAGAAGCCGCCGGCGUCCGUCAACGUGUGGGCCGUGAACCCCAGCACCGUGCGCGUCGUGUGGCGGUAUGUGCAGCCCACGGAUGAAGAGGAGCCGCUUAUUGGAUAUAAGGUACGAGUGUGGGAGAUCGACCAGGACAUGAGUACGGCUAACGACACUCUGGUUCCCGUCGACCGUAAGCUGGAGGCCUAUGUGACGAGCCUCACUCCAGGCAAGACCUAUAGACUCCGAGUCCUAGGUUACUCCAACGGGGGUGAUGGUAGGAUGUCAUCGCCAACUAUAACAUUCCAAAUGGGUGAUUACCACAGUGACUCGUACGGUUACUACGUGAGGAGUAACAACGGGGCUGCGACCCAGCGGGUGGCAAUUGAAAUGCUAUUGAUAGCAGGUCUUUCAUACUUUACGCGCAAAUCCAUGACGUGAUGAUUAGCUUUAAGUGAAUCUAUUUCUUAGGUGUAAGAGAAAGCGAACGUAUUUUUUUCUGAUUAUUAUCUAUUUGAAAGUUAUCGAUAACUUAUUAACUAUGAACUAUCAUUUAAAAAAGAGCAUUAGUUACUAUGUUUAAAUAUGAUAUUUAAGUAUUUUAUGAUUUAACUAUUUGAUAUUAGGUUGUGAUACAUUCCGGCCAUUUUAUUUCGCUAUAUUUCUGACAUAGAAAUCUCAUUUAUAUGUUUGUACACCUUUUCCUUUUAUCUACUUAUACAAUUUCUUCUCGUUUUUUUAUGUGUCGUCUUUACUGACAAUAAUUUAGUGUGUAAGAUAUCUUAUUUCUGUUAACGUACAACCUUAUGUAAGCCCCAUAUCACUAUCAUUAGUUGAUGACUUAAUGAAUCUCUUUAGAUAUUAAGAAUGGGUCCAUCAAAAACGAGUAAAAUGAUGUUACGCGUGUUGCGAUCGUGCCUUGAUAGUGUAAGAAAGUAAGAAGUAAACUAGUAAAAUCUGUCAGCUGUAGUCAUCAAAUCAAAUGGAAUAAUUUUAGUUUAUCUAUGACGCUUUUAGUCGCUUUUAUAAUCAGUAUGAUGUAUUUUUUUACCUUUUUACAAACAAUCCGAGCCAUUUCUUUAGAUUGCAUAGUUUUAUUUUUAUUAUUUAUAAGCGAUGUGGGCCUGACUGUAAAUAUUUAGUACAAAACGUACAUGCAUUUGUUUUCAAAGUGUGUGAUAUUGUGGAACAUCUCAGCAGAUUCGCAUAUCUUUGUUAAAUUAAGGUAUAAAUUAUGAAGUUUACAAUAAAUCUGACCCACUA